AGAGAGAGAGAGAGAGAGAGAGAGAAGAGAGAGAGAGAGGAGGGGAAAGCAGAGCUCAAUCGAAAGAAGGUUAGCCAGCAGCGAGUUAAGAAAAUGGCGAUCAUGCAGGACGAAUGCCUACCCUCGUAGAUGCUGCAAAAAGCGUUGAAAUUCUUUUAGCCUUACAGCCGGCUUUCCUUUCCACUCGGUUGCACUUUAUACUUCAAUGAGAGAUUCGGAAUUGAAAGCUGUUGCCACCAAAGAAGCUAAAGCAUCAUUACAGGGAACAUACCCAUAGAGGGAAGAACAGUGGAUGGAAGAGAGAGAGAGACGGAGAUUGUGACGAGGACGGAGGAUAAGAAGAUCAAGGACUGGUCAAAAGUGCCAGAGCAUACCAAGUCAAGACAGAGUCCUAAAUCUAAACAACUUCCCCCCCUUCCCCCUCCCCACAAAUACACAUACACACAUACAGUCCUCAGCAAUGCCAAGGGGGCACGAUCAGCCUGCUGCCCGCUCUGACAAGCCCUGCCUCUUCACCUCAGGCCCUUGAGGGCUGUGCCCUGUGAGCUUUGUCCUUUUGACCUCCCAUUGGUCGACCUUGGAACCGGAGGUCACUCGUUCUCCACUCGACCCGGGGCCACGAGCCGCACUCACAGGCAUGGCUCCCAUUCGGGAUUCCGUCAGCCACUCCCCUAAUCAAACAGGUCUGGAGCACCCUGGCUUGGACUCGCAGUAUGAGCCUUCCCCCUGGUCCUCUGGCUCUCCCUGCAGCGGUGACGGCAACACCAACUGGGGCAAAGUCCUAGUGGACGGAAGCACCGACAAACCCAACAACCCUUCUUCAACCAACUCUUCCGUCUGGCCUCCGUCUUCUUCCUCGUUCUCUUGCUCCUCGUCUUCUUCCUCUUCUGGCUGUGGGUCAGGAUCGGACCCAGAGUUGGCGUCAGAAUGCAUGGACGCAGAUUCUAGCUCCUCGAUCGGCUCGGAGAAAAACCUCGCCGCUGUGACGACAGUGAUGAUGAUGUCAGCAAAUGCUCCUUCCUCUGUGUCUUCUACAGCUUCUUCUCCCUCCUCUAUGGUGACUUCCGACAUGAUGGUCGGCGUUUCGGUGAACGGAGACAGCAACGGCAACAGUCGUCAGAUAAUCGGCGGAGGGAUGGGAGGCAUCGGCGGUGCAAAUAAUGGAAAUAAUAACCUCACCGGGUCCUCCCACUACUCCGCGGCUGGGUCCAGCAGUAUUGGCAGCAAUAACAUGGGCAACCACAACAAGCCCGUCAAUAACAGUGGUGUCUGGGGCAGCAGCAUGAUCUCUGGAGGAAGCACCCCCUGCAUCAAUGGAGGGUUGAACCCAAACACUUUAAACCCAAAUGCCAACCAUGGUGCCUGGCCACAGAAUCCAAGCCCAGUGUCCCAGGGCCAAAGACCUCCUCAGGCUCAGGGGAUGAAACUGGGUAUAGCUCCCCAGCAGGGCCCCACGCUUGGCUGGGGCGGCAUGGUAGCUCCCAACAACAGCAGUACGAUGGAAGACACCGAGGUGAAUAAUGGUACAGCAAGCAGCAAGGUGUUAGAAAGCAGCAACAGUGCAAAUGGUGGCCUACAGCUGACCAACCUUAACACUGAAUCCAAUGGACCAAAUAACACUAUGAUGAAUACUACUACUACUACUACUAACGCCACAAUGACCUCUAGUCCACCAAACUCUACAGCCUCACCCCAACUCAGCGGGGAUUGUUCCUGGGGCUCUAUUGGAGGAGGGAACGUGGGUCCGCUGGCGAAUGGAAACCCCAUAUCAGCCACCCAGCACCCCAAAGGAGAGCUGGGAGGUCCUGGGACCUUCGGUACGCCUUGGGGCGCAACUACCUACCCUGGUGAAAAGGGCCCCCUAAAUGCAGACACUGUGAACCCACAAAACCCUGCCUUAAUGCAGGCCGGGAACCCCCAAAUAUCCUCUACUGCUGCUUACAAGAGUAAUAAUAACCACAAUAACACUGGGGCCCCGCACUGGGACCAGGGGCCUGCCAAUAACCCAAACCAGCCUCAGAGCAACUCCUGGGGUAAUCAAAUCCAAGGCUCUGCAGGCCAAACGCCAGGAAAUGGGAACCAAACUACGAUGGGCCCUCCAGCAGAGAUACCCCGGCCCUGGGGGAGCAGCGCGUCUUCUUCCUCUUCCUCAUCGUCCUCUACCACAUCCAACAACAAGAUGCCGAAUGGAGAAUGGGGAACGACAGCUCCUGGUAUCAACCAAUCAGAUGCUGGAAGUCAUAAAGGAAGCUCUGCCAACAAUGGCUGGAAGAGCUUGGAGGAUGACGCCAUGGGAGUAGGAGGGGGGGGGAGAGGAGUAGGAGGGGGAGUAGGAGGGGGAGUAGGAGUAGGAGGAAGUCACGCCUUAGGGAGCGUCACUGGAGGCUGGGGCCGCUCUGGAGGAAGUGAGGGAAGCGGAGAGAGCUCCGGAGGCCGAUCCAGCGCCGACAGAGACCAGUCAAAAGGGGGAAUCCACAGAACGGUUAUCCCUCCUGGGCCAGUAGUAUCGGCUGUGCCCCCGGUCGACGUGGACCCGAGAGUCCUUUCCAACACUGGAUGGGGACAGACACCCGUUCGACAGAACACCUCCUGGGAUGUCAACUCUCCCGUUAAUAGACAAGUUCCUAGAGGUGACGAAAGAAAGCAAAGCAGCGGAGGCCCCGGAUGGGGCACAGCAACACCGGCAGCUCCCUCCCAGACCUCCGGAGGUUGGGGUGGUGGGCCCGGCAACUCAGGUCCAGGUCCAGGUCCAGGAGGCUCUGGCUGGGGCGAGCGACAAAACUCUAGUUGGGACAAUAAAGCCCCAGCAAACGGAGGAGGUGGGCAGAGCAGCUGGAACGAUGGAUCCGGCUACAAGGGUGGCAACAACAACAGUAACACUUGGAGCAAUAACACCAACAAAGACGACAGAUCCAAUACCUGGACUAAUGCGCCCAAACCGCAGCAGCAAGGCUGGGGUUCGCAGAGUGGACAUGGAAGGGAGGGCUGGGGUCACGGUGGAGAUGGACCCAGAGCAGGGGGCAACAACCACUGGGAGGGGCGGGAGAGGGAUAGCGACAGCAACCGCUCAGGCUCCGGAUGUUGGAACGAGCAGAGCCGAACCAACACCAGCGGCGGCGGCAACACCUGGGCGGGCGGCGGAGGAUCAAAUACUCCAGAACGGAGCACCCAGAACCCAGGCUCCAACUGGGGCGACUCAAACCCUCAGAAACCCAACCCUCAGGGUCACAGCCAGGGCUGGGUCGAGCCCGCAAAGAACAACCAGAACUGGAGUGAGCACAAUCCAAAGCCCGCCAACGAGUGGGGGAAAGCUCCUGAAGCCAACAUGUCCCGAGGCAAUCCACCCCCCACCAAGCCCGCAGGCUGGCAAGGAGGCCCAAUUCCCGCAGCAGUUCAGAAGGAGGAAACUUCAUCUGGGUGGGAAGAGCCUUCUCCUGAGUCUGUUCGCAGAAGGAAUGAGAUCGAUGAUGGGACAGCAGCUUGGGGAGAACCAGCCGCUAAACACGGCGUUGGAGCUGGCAACAUGUGGAGCAAGACCAGACAAUCAGAGCAUGAGGCUGCGAGUCAGCCCCCUCAGCACCAGCCCCACCCGCCUCGCAGCGUCAUGCAUCCUCCUCCGCCCGUGCAGCCUAUGGCCCAGGACAAAAGCUGUAAUAGUUGGGGUGAGCCGUACGCCAAGAAGAAGGAGUCCUCGACGUGGGAGCCUCCCGCUCCUCCACCUGUAAAAGUGGACAACGGGACGUCUGCCUGGGGGAAACCCAUGGAGACCAACUCCACCUGGGAGGAGCCCGGCCGAGAUAAGAGAGACUCCGCUGCGCCUGGAUGGAGCGGACAGCACAAGCCUGUAGCUCCAGGUCCCAAGCCCAUGGAGACGUGGGGAGGGGGGGAGGGCAACAGCUGGGACCAGGAAGAGGAGGUGGAGAUCGGCAUGUGGAGCAACAGCCAACAGGACAACAGAUCCCACGACCAAAACACCUGGAGCUACAAGCAUAAAGUGUCCAGCAAGAUGAACAAACCAGUCAGCAAACAGGAUGAGCCCUGGAUGAGGCCGUUCGUCAACCAGUUCAACAGCAUGAACUUCUCUAGAGACUCUCCUGACGACUCCAUGAAGACGGGAGCAGGCAUGGUGCAGGACAAGCGUAUGGACAUGGGCGGCAUGGGAGACUACAAUGGAGGGAUGGGGAAGAACCCCGGGUCUCGCCACCAGCUCCACAAGGACUCUCCCAUGGACCGCAGCUCUUACUAUGACAAGCUGUCCGUUUCCCCCUCUGCUUACAAUAACGCGGCUCCUGACGAGCUCUCCUCCAAUCAAAGCAUGAGCUUUUCCUCUUCCAAUUCUGCUCAGCCUUUCACCUGCCUCGAAUCUGGGCCAUCUCCCGCCCACUUGAGUCCUGGGGGCGCUCGGCAGAAUGUAAACCCUAUGAUGGGUGGCAGCAGCGUAGCACAGGGCCGAGGCGGCCCCCAGUCGCAGAUCCCCCCCCAACCCAACCUCCGCAACCAAGUGCCUCCACCCAUCCUGCCCCCUCAGGUGCCUCCAUCCCUGUUGAAGUACCCGGGAGGUAACGGAGGUCUGAACCCUCUGUUCGGCCCUCAGCAGGUCGCUGUGCUCAACCAACUCUCCCAGCUCAACCAGCUGUCACAGCUCAGCCAGAUCAACCAGUUACAGCGUCUUCUCCUCCAGCAGCAGCAGCAGCAGCAGCAGCAGAAAGCUCAGAGCCAUAGACCCAUGCCUGUGGGACGACCCAGUGAACAGACUCGUCCUAUUGGUUCGUCUCCGUCGAUGAUGCAGCCGCCUCGCCACCUGGACCCCUCCAUGAUGAAACCGCCUCCACCACACAAACCCUACAUGGAUAACUACAUGUCCCACAAUGCCCCUGACAUGCAGAAGGAUGCUUCUUCUCUUGGAUCCUUCAGCAACUUCCCUUUAAGCUUGAACUCUAACAUGAAUGUACCCCUGGACAUGGGUGUUGGUGGAGGUAGUGGCGGCGGAGCUGUGUGCUACAAAGAGCCGCCCCAGUCCAGAAUGAAGAAACUUUGGUCUACUGACCCUCUGGAGCAGGACAGCAAAUCUGGUGCUAUGUCGUCUGGGCUGCGUCUGGAGGACUCUCCCUUCUACAACUUCCUGUCUCCUGGCCCGUCUCCCCUGAGUCCUCCCGGCCAAUCAAUGGGCUCGGUGGGAGAUGGCUGGCCACCCCGUGCCAACUCCCCCCUGCCCCCUGGAAACACUGUCACCUGGCCCCCAGAGUUCCGACCCGGGGAGCCCUGGAAAGGUUACCCCAACAUUGACCCUGAGACCGACCCCUAUGUGACCCCCGGCAGUGUCAUCAACAACCUCUCCAUCAACACCGUCCGCGACACAGACCACCUCAGGGACAGGAACAACGGGCCAUCCUCAUCACUGAACACCACGAUGCCUUCUAACAGUGCCUGGUCAUCCAUUCGUGCCUCCAGCCACAGCGGUUCCCUCACCAGUACAGCACAAAGCACUUCAGCCAGACCCAGUGAGUCGAAGUGGUCUCCCGGCGGCGGCUCUGUGUCCAACUCCUCCCUGGCCCACGAGCUGUGGAAGGUCCCCCUGCCCCCCAAGGCGCUGGCUGUGGCGGCUCCUUCCAGACCUCCACCCGGCCUCACCAGCCAGAAGCCCAGCUCCGCCUCCUCCGGCUGGGACAGCUCUUCCCUGAGGCUGGGGGGGUGGGGCUCCACAGAGUCCAGAUACACACCUGGUUCCAGUUGGGGCGAUAGCAGCAGCAGCAGCUCAGGGAGAUCCCAAUGGCUCGUUCUGAAAAAUCUCACACCUCAGAUUGACGGCUCUACCCUGAGGACUUUGUGCAUGCAGCACGGCCCUCUGAUCACAUUCCACCUCAACCUGCCACACGGUAACGCUGUGGUCUGCUACAGCUCCAAGGAUGAGGCCGCUAAGGCCCAGAAGAGCCUGCACAUGUGUGUUUUGGGGAACACUACCAUUCUGGCCGAGUUUGCCAGCGAGGAGGAAAUCAACCGUUUCUUUGCACAAGGGCAGUCACUGGCCACUCCCUCCUCCAGCUGGCAAGCCAUCGGCUCCUCUCAGAGCAGAAUGGAUCAGUCUCACCCGUUCCCCAGCCGCGCUCCUGAGCCCACCCAGUGGAACAGCAGCGACCUCCACAGCUCCUCCCUCUGGGGCGGGCCCAACUAUUCCAGUAGCCUGUGGGGGAAUCCCAGCGGCACCGAGGGGGGGAGGAUCAGCAGCCCUUCUCCAAUCAGCUCCUUCCUCCCAGUGGAUCACCUGUCAGGGGGAGGGGACUCCAUGUGAACCGCCUGCCAAUCAAAACAGGCUGUGGGAAGGGUCAGUAGAGAAUAAUCAAUAAUCAGCAGAAGAAAAAAAAAAAAAAAGUAGUUAAAAAAAAAAGCAAUGGCACUAGUCGGACUCUUUUUCACUUACAAGAAAUACAACAAAGCGGGGUCUCCCCUGUGGAAAACAAGUUACGUUUCUCUCUCUGCACAUAUGUCCACUUUGUUUUAGCCCAAAAACAUAUCAGUCGGAAUACUUGAAUCAUGCAGGCCAAUUCUAUAAUGUGAACGGAUGGAUAUUUGCUUCCAGGUAGUGCUCUUUCAGACCGAAAAAAGCUUCAAUCGAGCUCAUUAUUAUAUAUAUAUUUUUUGUUUCAUUCGUCAUGUUUAUUUGAAUUCCAAUUAUUUUCAUUUUUAACGUUUUCUUUUUUUUGUUUGCUGACAAUGUUGGAGUAUGAGCUUUUUAACUUUGCACUGAAUGUGGUUUUUUCUCAGUAUAUAUAAUCUGCAAUAUAGAGGGAGCAGCCCGUUUUUCCAGUGUAGCUGUUUACUCAUUGAGGUCCUUACCGUAUGCGCGUGCACGUGCACAUAUGUGCGCGGAAGUACUUUGUGUGUGUGUGUGCGAAUGAGUAUGUGUGCGCUCCUCUCUGCCUUGGCACGCCUACCUUACUGCGUUGUCGUGGAGUUCAAGAUCAACAGAUAGUUAAAGAAGAAUAAAAGCUGACUUAGGAGGAUUAUCUGGUGAUAGUAAAAGUGACAUUAAAAAGUAUUGCACCAAUUUUGUUUUAAAACUAAAGAACGUUGAGCUCUGCAGUGCAAAGGACUGUAGCCGCAGCUGGGACUAGCAAGCCCCGCCCACCCAGUGUAAGGGGGCGGGGCCUAUCUAGCAAGCCCUCCCACUAGCCCCCUAGUGGGCAGGGGGGAAACAGCACUUUCAGAAUAGGCUUUCAAUGUUUUGGAGGUGCCACACUGCAACCUCUUGUUUACAAGACUUAGGAGGCGGAACGUGUGUUCAUUCUUCAUUUUAAAGAGAAGAUGGAAAAAUAGAAAAUAGUGAGAGAAAAAAUGAAAAAAAGCUACAAAAAAAGUAAAAACUCUUGAGGAUGAAGACGAUGCUUUGUAACUCUGGGAAUUCGGAUCAGUGUUUUUGGCCAUGGCGUUGGUUAUUUGAACUAUUCCUCUUUGUCUGCUAAAUAACCAGCAAUGGUUCUCAGGAAAUCAAGCCAGUUUCCCCCCCUUGUAGGUGAAUUAAAAAAAGAAACUACUACUCCUUGUAGGAAAGGAAAAUCCAACUUCUAGCACUGAAACUAUGUAAAGGUCUGUACGUUUUAUUUUCUCUGCCAAAUAACUGCUUUAAGCUGGAGAAGCUCAACACACUGCUUUCAAUAUGCUGUCUUGAGGGACGGGGGGUCCUGAUGUGGGGGGGGGUGGAGGACGGGCUGUAGACAAUGCUCCCUCUCUCCUCCACUCGUCCACUGAUGUUAAAAAUCAAAAGUGGGGAGUGUUUAUUGUGUGAUUGUGUGACUGUCAGUGGAAAAUGCUCGGUCUUGUCAGACUUCUAAACCAAGAGAAAGGCGAAUCUGUAUCUAUGCAUACUGUAGCCUCUCACACGGCCUACUGAGAGGCGUUUUUUGUUUUUUUUUCUCACAAAAUGUUUUAAAUGUUUCAUUAAGUACAACAAAAAUGCAAACUAUAUCUUGCUUUUUUGUUUUUUAAUCGCUCUCAUUGCCACAAAUGGUGUUUUUGAAAAAAGGAAAGAAGAAAAAGCUUAAAAAAAUCAUUUUGUUUGGUUGAAGAUAAUAUUUUAACAGUGCAAAAGUCGUCCACAUUUCAUUGCCUUGAUCCUAAUUGUGUCCGAAGAUGCAACAACAAGUCAAGUGGCUUCUACCUGUUUACAAAUAGAAUAUGAUUGUAUUGUUGUACUGUUUUUUUCUUCCUUUGGGGUUGGGGAGGGGGGGGGGGGGGGUACUCAUCUGAAGUUCCUGAAUUGUGUGCGAGUGUGUGUGAAUGUGUGUUACAAGGCUCUGAACCGGCAGAUGUUAGUCCUAUCGGAGGGUCGUGUUGCGAGAGCGGCGUGAAUGUAAAUCCACCAGUGGUGUUUGUCGACUAAAUACACGUGUGAAUAAUAGAUGUACCUAUCUACCAGUGAUUGUUUAGUAACUAUGAUGCACAAUUAUCGGGGGAAAUCAAAAAGCUUCAGAGAGUGCGCGAAAGAAGUCAGCAUUAGCGAAGCCAUGGACCUUAAUUUCUUCAUCGUGUAAUUGCUCUGUGUUAAAGCCUGUGUGCGCGUGUCCCCUCUAUAGGUUUUGAUUUCAGAAGUACUAGUAAACGUUGGCUUAAGUUGUGUUUUUUUAAGUUAAGUCGUGAAUCUUUAACAACUUCAAAGCUUGCGUAGUGAGACAGAACCUCGAGUAUUAGCCAGAUGUGACCGUGGUGUGUGCCAGUAUUGAACUGCUCUCUACCAAAUAAUUCAAUCAUACAAAAGAUUAGUUUACUUAUUCCAGAAUCUCUUUGCUUAAACUAUACAUAUAUAUCUUUUUUGUGUUUGUCUGUCAAGUGGAACAUCUGAACCAUAUUUGUUAUUCUUUGAGUUAACUUAAUUUGACAAAUUGAACUGAGGAGCCUUGGAUUUUGCACUUGGGUGGAUUAGAGGAAAAGGCCGAGCGAGCGGAGAGCAAAGCCGAGAUGGGGGGCGUAUUUGUUUAUCAGGUCUGUCUGAGGGCGAAGAUGCGUCCGAGUAUUGUGACAGGGUAAUGUGUGUGUGUGUGUGUGUUUGUGUGAGUGUGUGUGACUAGAGAAGAUGGUGCUUUGUUGGCCCCCAGUGAGGGAGCAAGAGAGGGGCUUGGUCGUCCUCUCCAGGUUUACCUCUCACUGUUCGCCGGGCUGGCUCGCCACGCCGCCUGGACCGAGCCUGAAUGUAGCUGAAAACGGUUUUGAAAAAAAUAAAAUGUACUUUGCCGAGACUCGAUCUGCCUUCCCCGGUACCUGAUCAGCCUCAAACAUGGAAAAUAUCAAGUAAAUCAAGCUUUGCUUUUUGUUUAUGUAUCUAAAUCAGUAUUUGGCAACUGGUCUUGACCACGCCCCAUGUUGUUACGACAACCUUUGUCGUGGAGACGCUCUUUUCUCGAGCUUGACUGAAUCGAGGGUUCUUAUUGGCCCGUAGCAACUUGGGAACAGGAAUGAGACUUCUGAAUGGCUGGUUCAUCCUGGCUUUGUUGUUUUUAUCAGGGACACGGGGUUAUACUUGCCUUUUCACUGGCUGACCCAGGAUCAGCUCUUCCUCUCCGACUCCUAAGCUUAACUACAGGAGAGGAAAUGCAAAACGAGAACUGACAGGAAGUCCGGGGGCAAGUGAACUCCAAGCAGUCUAUUUAUUUACUUUCCGCAUAUAUUUUACACUUCGUUCAUUCUGAUUUUUGGCAAUGCUAUUUCUCCGAGCGCUGAUACCGGGAGUAGUUCUGUCCCUCGUCAGUAUCCUUACCUUAACCAAUAAUGGGACUUAAACUGACCUCGGAUCAGGAGCAGGAGGCCGCAUCGCUCUGCUGUUAGAGAAGGGACAAGCAACGUCUGUAAAACGCCUCAUUAAUGUUACUGUUUUGGUCUCCGGCUUAAUCUCGCUCUGUUUCCGUCUCGUCGAAUCUACUGUUAGUGUGAGUGUGUGGGGAGAUGCAAAAACCCAGUCAAGUACAGAAACUGUGUAUGUUCGAACACAUUAUCAUGCCAAAUCGAGGAGGGAGGGUGAGAGGGAAGGAAAGGGAUUGAUUUGAUUUAUUCUCUCUUUUUUUUGCGUGUUGUAUAAGAAGUGUGUGUUUGUGUAUUUAAAAAAAAAGAAAAAGCUGGACAAUGUUAAAUGCUUGAAGAAAUCAUUUGCAAAAGGAUGAUGUGAGGAAAACCACCACGAGCAAUGUACAAUCCCCAGGGCUGCCAAGCAGCUUUCAGACCAGACGAGGGGAGGGAAGAAGGAAAGGAAUGAGGGAGGGUGUAGGAAAGGAGGGAAGCUGGCUGGUGAUACUAUACUACUUUUUAAUGUUUAAGAAAAAAAUAAUGUGACUCUGUUUUUCUCUUGACUUAACUAUCCUGUGAGCAAAUGCUAUAUUAUAUAUUAUAACACACCCAACGGCUCCUACUGUCGAUCAAAAGGCUAUUUUUGUUGACGCAAAAAAGAAAAACACAAACUGUGAGAAUCUGCUGUUCGUCAUUUUACAUUUAGACACAAACAAAAACCCUGAAAAGCUUUAGUCUAACCAGCACAAAGAUGUGGGGUGGGAGGGGGGGGGGGAGUUAUCGGGGUGGGGGGAGGUUCACCAUACAGAGGAGGGGGGCGCUCAGAGAGACUAUGCAGUGGAGUGUUGAACCCAGGCUUCCAUGUCCACCUUGGGUUUUUUGCUUUCUUUAAAAAUAAAAAAAACCUACAAAAAAAAAAUCCCACAACUUUUUUAAAAACAGUUCAGAAGGGAUUCCCAAUAAUAUUCCUCUUGUCGUGCCAUCGUUGAAUCGUACUACUACUACUAAUAAUAAUAAAACUGAAAAAACCUUUAUUACCUAGCAAACCGUCGGGCCAGUUGUAGCAGGAGAGGAGGACAGGUUUAAGAUUUGCAAAAGUCCAUUUCUUUAUUUUCACAGCUCGUCUCCUCGAUAAGCCGAGGAGGCGGAGGCCGGUGGAAAACUGCAAAUUUUACACAACUACAAUGUUUUUUAUAGAGAUUCUAUCAAUCCAGUGUGUAGUUGGAUCACCUGUAAAACCUAUUAUGCACAUUGCUUUGGGAGACUGUUGAAACUAUAUAUAAUAUAUAUAUAUAUGAGAAUAUAAAUGUCUAUAAUCAACGAGGGGACGUCUUCCUCUCUACAAACAAAAACAGGAAGUACCUUUUUAUUUUCAAAUGUCUUCCUCGGGUCAUCAAAAAGAUUUUAUCUUAAACUUCGGGGGAAACUGCACUUUUUGAAGGACAAUCUUUAUUUGUAUGGGUAUAAAAUUGACAAAACGAAGUCGCCUGAUAUUACAAGGUAUAGAAAACCAACUCCAGUGUGCUCUAAUAAUGAAUGUCUCCUCUGAUGCUGUCUUUGUUUGGUUUCAUUUAAUCUUUUUAUUCUCCUUCCUUUGUUGCUUGGUUUGUUCUGUAUUAUUUUUUUCUGGAUUUUAGUGCUCUUAAGAGAAUCUGUACUAAGGUGUAGUGAGUAGUAGGUCUUCUGUUGGCUGUACUCAUACUGAUUACUGUUUGUAACCCUCUGGCUCCUGCAGCCGUCAUACAAAGCUGUAAAACUUGGGUACAACCCUCAAUAAAAGACUAACAAUGACUCGGCA